AUGUCAGACACCAAGUACGCCGAGAUCCAGGAGACGCCCGUCGCUUCCACCUCGCGUGGACGACGGGCACGCCCUCUCUCGCCCGCUCUCGACGAGCAGAUGGACGUCGACGACACCAACAGGACGGACGAAGAGGAAGACGAGGACGACGAGGACGACCCCAUUGUGCGACGACUGCCGGUCUACUACACACCCGAGUACAUCCAGUCGCUCUGCCUCCUCCAGUACCCCGACCGCCCUCCUCGACCCGAAACACACCACCCGCUCCUCCCGCCCGCUCUCGAGCCAGACUGGCAGAACGACGACUCGCCUGCGGUGGGGAGGCUCGUCGCCAAGUUCAAGCCGCAGACGCAGCACCUCGAGGUGACGGUGCCGAUGGAGAAGGAUCCCGAGCGGUGGAACGAGGAGAACGCGAUGCGAUUCGCGACGGGCGUGAUUGAGGACAAGGACAAGGAGCGCGAGAAGGAGACGCAGAAGAAGGGCGGGAGGAGGAAGAGGCGAGACCCGGCGGAGGACGAGGCAGAGCAGCGGUACAGGGAGGAGAAGGAGGCGAGGCGGCUCGACAAGAUGGUCUAUGCGAGUACGGGCGUGCCGGAAGUGACGAGCUACUUGAUCGGUGUCGUGCGGAAUGACGCUCUCCACCUGAACCCGAUCAACCAGACUUUCCAGCUCCGCCCCUCCCUCACCUACCUCGACCAGAUCCUCGCCAACGAGCGACGCGCAAAACGCGCUGCCGAGCAGAACGACGACGACGAUGACGACGAGGUUUCGGAGACAGAGAUGAAAAAGGAGCAGGCCAAGGCCGUGCAGGUGUCGGUCAAGCGGCAGGAAGGACAGGCGAAGGGACCGCUGGGCGGAGGCAACGGACGAGCGGGUGCAGGACUGUUCGCGCCAUUGCGGGCGGAGGAGGCGGAAGAGUGGAAACCGCUCAAGCACUUUCAUGCGAAUACGGAUGCUGCGCGGGACGCGUUCGACAGGAUGUGCGCGCCGUCACAGACGAAGCUGACGAGCAUCACGAAGCCGAAAGAGUACCUCGCAGCAUGA